GUUGCAAAAAAAAAAAAAAAGACUUGUGAGCAAACGACCCAGUUUACCUUGAGAAAUUUGAAAAUAUUAUGAAAUUAUUGCAGAAGAUUGAUUUAGGCCUAAUUGCUGUGGUCUGGCAUAUUAAUUUCCCACCAAGACCACAAUCAGUUGUGGACACCUGCACAGAAUAAAAUGUUAUGGAUURUGGAUGUAAAAUCUGAUUCCAGGUCGGCAUGCUUCGUAUAACGUCAUACAUCCUAACCUUUCUGAGGGCAGAGCAGGCCCGCCAUUUCCCUGAAUGCUUCUAGUCCUUUAAACACAGCAGCAGGAGUGYCAAUACGAAGACAGGAGACACACAGGGAUCCAGUGAGCGAGAGAUCGGGAUGAGAGAUGGGCAGAGAAUGAGUCAGCGAGAGAACCCACCAAAUCUACCGCCGCAUCUUUAUUUAUGAAAUCUAUUUGAUUAAAGGCGUCAGUUGGAUCAACAUAAGACUGAAAUAAUCAAGCGUUGGAUACGUUGUUUGAAUUUCUUUAUAUCAUUUUUCUUCCGCCUCGUCGCCCUGUCUUUUUCUUUGUUUUCCCCCUUUCUUUAUUUUAUUUUUAAAUAGGCGGUGGACAGGAGGUGUCAACCGUAGAGAUUGUAUCAUUCAAUUAAUUUGGAACUUUAUAGACAUAUUGUGAUUUUUCAAAUUCUUUGUUGCAUUAAUAAACGAAGAUGUCGGGGCAGAGCAUUACUGACAGGAUAACUGCAGCCCAGCACAGUGUAACUGGAUCUGCUGUGUCGAAAACAGUAUGCAAGGCCACCACACAUGAAAUAAUGGGCCCGAAAAAGAAACAUUUGGAUUACCUGAUCCAUUGCACCAAUGAGAUGAAUGUGAACAUUCCCCAGCUGGCUGACUCACUGUUUGAGAGGACMACCAGCACGAGCUGGGUGGUGGUCUUCAAGUCGCUCAUCGCCACACACCACCUUAUGGUCUACGGCAAUGAGCGUUUUGUGCAGUACUUGGCUUCAAGGAACACAUUAUUCAACCUCAGUAAUUUUUUGGACAAAAGUGGUUUACAAGGUCUCUCUCUCCCAGGCUACGAUAUGUCCACAUUUAUCCGGAGGUACAGUCGAUAUCUGAAUGAAAAGGCUGUGUCAUACAGACAGGUUGCCUUUGACUUCACUAAAGUAAAGCGAGGGGUGGAUGGGGUGAUGAGGACCAUGAAUACAGAGAAGCUACUGAAGACCAUCCCUAUCAUACAAAGCCAGAUGGACGCCCUCCUCGACUUCAAUGUUAAUGCCAAUGAGCUCACAAAYGGAGUGAUCAAUGCAGGGUUCAUGCUCCUCUUCAAAGAUUCCAUUAGGCUUUUUGCUGCAUAUAACGAAGGCAUCAUCAACCUGCUGGAGAAGUACUUUGACAUGAAGAAAACMCAGUGUAAAGAGGGCCUGGAUAUCUACAARAAGUUCCUGACACGAAUGACCCGAAUCUCAGAGUUCCUUAAAGUGGCAGAGCAGGUGGGGAUUGAUCGAGGAGACAUUCCAGACCUUUCCCAGUUCACAGUUUGUGCUCCCAGUAGCCUCCUGGAAGCUCUGGAGCAGCACCUGGCCUCUCUAGAGGGGAAGAAAGUCAAAGACUCCACUGCUGCCAGCAGGGCUAGUACUCUAUCCAACGCAGUGUCCUCGCUGGCCAGUACAGGGAUGUCUUUUACUAAAGUAGACGAGCGGGAGAAGCAGGCUGCUCUGGAGGAGGAACAGGCUCGUCUCAAAGCACUGAAGGAACAGAGGCUGAAGGAGCUCUCUAAGAGGCCUUCCUUCACCACCACAGACACGUCUCCGGUCUCCAUCACCGGGGGCACUAUCAGCACAGCCCCGGCAAUCGACCUCUUCUCCACACCCAGCUGCUCCAAUGGUGCUCUGAAGAUGGAGAGUGACCUGUUUGACAUUCAGCAGACCUUUAACCCUUCAGUGCAGGCCAGUUCUACAGGGCUUCCUGUGGCCACAGCAUGGGCAGAUCCUUUCACCUCUGCUGAAGCUGGAGAUGAUUCCAUGCCAAACCUUAACCCUUUCCUCUCAAAAGUUGUUGUCGAUGCCGCCACUCACUUGCCUGUCGUGUCCUCCGACGGUGUUAGCUAUUCCUCUAGGACGUCUGGUCAUGAAAUGUUUGGUGAUCGUUAUAAUCCCUUUACUGACACAAACUCGUCCGUUUCAAGCAAUUACAAACGCACAGUGCGGAUAGAACACUCCAUCUCAGACUCCUUCUGUAGUGGUCCAGUGUCCAUGGCCCAGCACCUUCCACACCAGGCUCCCUACCCCACUGAGCCCUCUACUGUAGCAUGUCUAUUCAGAGGGUACUCCACAGCAUCACAGGCCCCUCCCCCAGGAGCACUCCAGGUGGAUUUCGAGUCAGUCUUUGGAGCCAAAGCUACCGGCGUUAACAACAUUGACUCUGAUGACAUCCUGAAACCCACCAUGGUCGGCUCCAAUCAGGCCUUGUGCUCCAUCAAUCAGCUGUCAGACAAACUGGUCGGAGUUGACCUGGACUCCUCCCUGGCCAACCUGGUGGGCAAUCUCGGGAUUGGAAAUGGCACAACAAAAAAGUAA